AUGUGGAUAAGACUCAUGGAACAAAACAAUGAAACUUCUUGGGGAGACUUCAUUUUGCUUGGAUUCUCAGACCAGCCCCAAGUGGAAGCCAUCCUUUUUGUGGUAGUGUUGAUAUCCUAUCUUCUGACACUUGUGGGCAACACAGCCAUUAUCGUGGUCUGCUGCCUGGACUCCCAGCUGCACACACCUAUGUACUACUUUCUCACAAACCUUUCCUUUCUUGAUCUUUGCUUAACCACCACCAUAGUUCCCCAGUUGCUGUGGAACCUGAAGGGGCCAGCCAAAACCAUCUCCCCCAUGGGCUGUGCCGUACAACUCUAUGUGUCCCUCUCCUUGGGUUCCACUGAAUGCGUCCUCCUGACUAUCAUGGCAUUUGACCGCUAUGUAGCUGUCUGCAGACCUCUCAAUUACACUACCAUCAUGCACCCAUCAUUUUGCAAGGCCUUGGCAGUAAUAUCAUGGCUGAGUGGAGUAGGAAACACCCUCAUCCAAAGCACCAUCACACUUCAGCUUCCUCGGUGUGGCCAUCAGCAGCUCCAUCACUUCUUGUGUGAGGUGCCCGCCAUGAUUAAUUUGGCUUGUGUUGACGUCCAUGCGAAUGAAGUACAGCUUUUCGUGGCUACGUUAGUUCUCCUCCUUCUUCCCAUGACAUUGAUAGUGAUCUCCUAUGAACUCAUUGCUCAAGCCGUGAUAAAGAUUAAGUCAUCUCAAGCUUGGCGCAAGGCCCUAGAGACUUGUGGUUCACAUCUGCUGGUCGUGUCCCUUUACUUUGGUACCAGCUCAGUCAUAUACAUUCAACCAAAGAGAUCCUAUGGCCACAGCCAAGGCAAGUUCCUCACACUCUUCUACACUGUUGUGACUCCCACCCUGAACCCCCUCAUAUACGCCCUGAGGAACAAAGAAGUGAAAGGAGCACUGAAGAGACUACUGAGGAAAGAGAAAAAUUUCUAA